AUGACUGGAGAAAGGAACAGUACAACAGUUACGAAGUUCAUUCUCUUGGGAUUCUCUGAAUUUCCAAAGCUCACCAUUGUACUCUUUUCAAUAUUCCUAGGGAUAUAUCUCAUGACAGUGUCCUGGAAUGUGAGCCUCAUCACGCUCAUCAGGAUGGACUCCCAUCUGUGCACACCCAUGUACUUUUUCCUCAGUAAUCUGUCCUUUCUGGACAUCUGCUAUGUUUCCACUAUAGCCCCCAAGAUGCUCUCAGACUUCUUGAAGAAGAAUAAGUUCAUCUCUUUUACGGGAUGCACCAUGCAGUACUUCUUCUUCUCUAGCCUGGGCCUGACAGAGUGCUGUCUUCUGGCAGCCAUGGCUUAUGACCGAUAUGCUGCCAUUUGUAACCCACUGCUCUACACAGCCAUCAUGUCACCCACCCUCUGUGUGCAGAUGGUGGCAGGAUCUUGGAUAACUGGAUUCCUUGGCUCAUCUAUCCAACUGUGUGCUUUGCUUCAGCUCCAUUUCUGUGGGCCAAAUGUCAUCAACAAUUUCUUCUGUGACCUGCCCCAGCUGCUGAUCCUCUCCUGCUCUGACAUCUUUUUCUUUCAAGUACUGAUCUCUGUGCUCACUGUGAUCUUUGGACUCGUAUCUGUCUUGGUCAUCAUGAUAUCUUACGGUUCUAUUGCUGCCACCAUUCUGAAGAUUACUUCAGCAGAAGGCAGAUCCAAAGCAUUCAACACUUGUGCUUCUCACCUGACCGCAGUGACCCUUUUCUUUGGUUCAGGUAUAUUUGUUUAUAUGUUUCCAAACUCUAGUGACUCCCUGAGGCAAAACAAGUUGGCAACAGUCUUGUACACUAUUAUAAUCCCCAUGUUGAACCCAUUGAUCUAUAGUCUGAGGAACAAGGAAAUCAAAGAUGCCCUAAACAGAUGGAAGAAGAGAACUUUUUCCUGGUGUUACUAA